AUGAGCACACCGCGUACGCUAGCGCUGCCGUCGAGCAGCUUACCGCCUCUCUUUACUCUCGCUAAACAAGCAGAGUCCGAUAUCUUCAACGCUCUGCAUUACUUGGCCGCCAUAUACUGCCCGCUGUCAUUCCCAUUUUCUAUUGAACUGGAUGAAACAAAGCAUGUUGUUGCUGAACCGGUGGAUUCGGGAUACACAUCCGGGAACGAAGAUGAUGAGCCUGCUCCAACACCAGCUACUAUCCGAGCAGAUCCGUAUGAGAAAUCUUUUACGGAAAGGUGGUUGACUGGCUUUUUAUCUCGUGCCGAAAGCCUGGAUAACUUUACUUCCGAGGAAAGUAGCCAGCGUGCUUUGGACCAGGCAGCAUAUAUCUUCGAAUCACUUUUUGCAAACGCCUUGGAUGAAGAUGAUCAAAACUCACCAUUCUUACGACAAUUUUCUUUCGACACACAUUCUACUCAAGGAGAGAAGAAACACAUCUCGGUGCAGUUGAACGAUGGGCUUGCUGGGACGAAUGACUCGGACUUUGAAGAUGUGGGCCUCCAGAGUUGGGGUGCUUCCAUCGUCUUCUCGGACAUGUUGUGCGCGACUCCAGAACGAUUCAGUCUCACAGACCUUUCUCUUACAAAACAUAAUCGAAUUAUCGAGCUUGGUGCGGGCACUGGGCUUGUGAGUCUUGUUCUCGGAAAGUUGAUUCCAGCGCUGGGCAUCACAGAUUCCAAAAUCAUCGCUACCGACUAUCACCCAGCUGUCCUUGAGAAUCUGCAAUCCAACAUAAGCAUCAACUAUCCAGAGGACGCAUCAGCUGUUGAAACAAGCUGUCUCGACUGGGCAGACUUUUCGCUCGAUGCGCCUUUCGAUGUGCCUGCUAGUAUGCUUUUCGCAACAGAUGUGGUAUACGCCCCUGAGCACGCGUGCUGGCUACGCGACUGUGCUACACAGCUUCUCUCUGAAGGGGGCGUUUUCUGGUUGCUGGUCACCAUACGACCUAAUGGCAAAUUUGCGGGCAUUGGGGACACUGUUGAGGCUGCUUUUACAGCAGAUGAAAGACCGUGUGGGAAGGGUGGGAAGAAACUUGAUAUUCUCGAGAGGCAGAAAUUGGAUAAGCGAAGUGGUGUUGGGAGAGGAGACGAGAGUCAUUAUGAGCUUUUUAAAAUCGGUUGGGCUUAG